AUGGCGAAGCAUUUCAACGUCAUUCCCAACGGCAUCUCUCGAAAGCUUGAAACUCCUGAACCUGUCCAAAUUGGAGCUUCGACUUGGUGGAAUGCUCAAAAUGAUCCUCAGCUCGGCGUCUCCCGCCAAUGGUUGAUCCAAGCCAAGGAGACCUGGCUCAACAACUUCGACUGGCGGAGGCAUGAGAGAUAUAUCAACAGCUUUCCCAACUUCAAGAUCCUUGUCAAAGAUACAGAGGCCGGCCAGAUUGACAUUCACUUCGCUGCGCUCUUUUCUAGGAAAAAGGAUGCCAUCCCGGUCGUCUUCCUCCACGGCUUCCCUGCGUCUUUUACUGAGUUCUUACCGAUGCUGGAGCUCCUGACAGACAAGUAUACCCCGGAAACUCUUCCUUACCACAUUGUCGUUCCUUCACUACCAGGCUAUGGGCUGUCCGGCAGUCCAAGCGAGGAUGUUGAGAUGUCGGUCAAUCAAUCUGCGCGCCUCAUGAACCAGUUCAUGAUGGACCUCGGGUUUAGCGAUGGCUACGUUGUACAAGGGGGUGACCUUGGAAGUAUGAUCGCGCGUGCCAUGUCUGUUCAAUAUAAGGAAUGCAAGGCCUUGCACAUAAACAUACCGAGCGAUCCUGGAACGCUCGGAAAAUGGCGCCAGACAGGUCUUGCGUACGCGCUGGAGCAUGGCACACGGCCCUCGACUGUGGGAUUGGCGAUAUCUGCAAGCCCGUUGUCGCUACUUGCGUGGAUUGGUGAAAAACUUCUUGAAUGGACGGACCCGCGAAACCAGUUUUCUCUGGAGACUAUCCUCAAUUGGGUUGCUUUCUACUGGUUCACAGAUACGUUCCCACGUAGUCUGUAUCAUGCGACUCUUGUCAAGAGCAUUAUGGCGAGAGAGCCGCUUCCCAUCACGAAGGAAAAGCCUUUGGGAUACUCGAAAUUUGCGUACGACAUGGUUGUACUGCCAAAGCCUUGGGCUGAGAUAUUGUACCCCAAUCUCACCUUUUUCGAAGAACACUCCGAGGGUGGCCAUUUUGCGAGCUUGGAGCAACCGAAGGCAUUUUUGGAGGACAUUGAGGAAUUCGUGCACCGCGUCCGGGGUGUUUUCACUUUCGAGUAG